AUGGAGCAGAUAAACCAGCUGAGCACCCUCGAGUUUGACUGCCUCUGUGACCAGAUCGACAAGGCUCGCAAGGAGCGCGAGAUGAACUCCGUUCUGGUCACCGUCAGCCAGCUCGAUGGCACGCAUCUACUCGGACCGGAGCUGAUGCCGGCAUCCACUACGGCAGCCCAGCUUAGCAAGCGCUUCUCGCGCGCGCACCCGAAUGAGGAGCUGCAGUUCUUGGGGGGCGCAGCAGUGCUGCAGCCAACAGACACGCUGGCAAGCCUCGGACAGGAGUUUAAGGGCAUGCUGCACCUCGUCCGGCAUCCCCAGCGGAUGAAGAUCGAGCCGCAUCGAAUGCCCGGAAUCUUCGUGGCUCGCAGCCUCGCUCCUUGUGCAACCGACGCGCUCGUUGUUCCAGGAGGAGCUUGCUUCUCUGAUGAGCUCGUCUACCAGCCUGGCCUAGACCAGAGUACGGCCUUGCUGGAAGAGUUGAAGGUGCCAGAGGUGACCUUCCGCUCCUGGAACCCCUUCCGCUCUUACACGGCAGCCGCCAUCGUUUGCGGAGUUGGCGCAGCCCCGAGAUGGCAGGACGCGCGCGUCUUGGCCGUCGGCCUGCCGGCUCUGGAGCUGACCUACUUGGCAGACUUGGUGGGUCAGGGCGGUGCCGUUGUACGCACCCGAUCGGAGCCGCUGGAAGCUGAAGCAAUCAGCAAGCUGAGGCAAGACUGGCCCAACGUGCAAGAGCUGGUGCCCCUCCCUGAGGACAUUGGCCGAUUUCACGUCGUGCGGAUCCACGGGCGUGUGGAGGCUCACCAACCGUUGCUGGAUAACUUGAAGGCACUCCUCUUUCCAGGUGCGGUGGUGAUGUGGUCUAUUGAGGUUGUUCCUGGUCCUGAUACAGUGCCUGAAGAGGAGUUUGCUCGAACUGUGACAAGCAUGCGGCAGUCUGGCCUAAGACCACUAGAGCAGGUGACGCUGGAGCCCUUCUUUGACAACUCCGCUUUGAUUGUGUCGCGAACUGGCGACGACUGGCCGGCGUAG